AUGAACUUGUUCGGUUUACUCGCUCUGACACUGCUGCCUAUUCUAUGCCUUGGGGCAAAAAAACCAUCAUUUGUUGGGACUUUUGAAGAUUACCAUGUCAAAUCACAAUCAUCCGCACCUUUGCGACUAGAUGAUGCUUCGUACGACGAUUUGACGGCAAUUCCUCGUAAUUAUUCCGUGGUCGUUCUUCUUACCGCUCUGGAAGCACGCUUCGGCUGCCAACUAUGCCGUGAGUUUCAACCUGAAUGGGAUCUGCUCGGACGAAGUUGGGCAAAGGGAGACCGACACGGAGACUCUCGAACUCUGCUGGGGACUCUAGAUUUCGCAGAUGGGAAGGGGACAUUCCAGAAGCUUAUGCUACAAACGGCUCCCAUCUUUCUUUUAUUUCCACCAACAACCGGUCAGAAUGCAAAGCCAGACGGGCAGCCCAUUCGAUAUGACUUCACAGCUGGUCCCCAGUCCGCCGAGCAAGUGGUUGGAUGGAUUAGUCGUUAUUUGCCAGACGGUCACAAACCCGCCAUACAACGACCCUUAAAUUAUGUUCGCAUCAUCACGGUCACUACUACUCUCCUUGGCAUUGUGUCCUUCUUGAGUGUCGCAUACCCAUACAUUCUACCCGUGAUACAAAACAGAAAUCUGUGGGCUGGAAUUAGUCUAAUCACCAUUCUACUGUUCACGAGCGGUCACAUGUUCAAUCACAUCAGGAAGGUCCCAUACGUGGCAGGGAAUGGCCAAGGUGGUAUAUCCUAUUUCGCUGGUGGAUUCUCCAAUCAAUUCGGCAUGGAGACCCAAAUUGUAGCUGCUAUGUAUGGCACUCUUUCGUUCGCAACCAUAGCCUUAGCGCUAAGAGUACCUCGCAUGUCAGAUCCUAAGAAGCAGCAACUGGCAGUUUUCAUUUGGGGGGGCGUGAUGUUUAAUCUCAAAGCAGCUCUUGGUGUUAUUAGAGCGUGA